AUGGCAGCUUCAUAUACUUUGUCGUGUGACUUGGGCUCCUUGGAGGAAAGGCAGGCGGUGGUGAUAAUGAUGGUGGCGGUGGUGGUGAAUACUGGAACGCAUACAUAAUUGGUUAAAAGGCAGACAAAUAACCGAAUGAAGCGUCUUUCACCUGCUGACAACUCUGUAUGACGGAGUCUAGGACUGCUCUAAGACUUGUUUCUGCUGAAAUUUUGUUUAGGGUCACGAUGGCUGUUACGUGAGAUGCAUUAUGAUCCAAAUGGUUACCUGAGUUACACACAGAAUCAUAGAAUUAUAGAGCUGGAAGGACUCCCGAGGGUCAUCUAGUCUGACCCCGUGCGGUGCAGGAAUCUCAACCAAAUCAACACAGAUCAGGUUGCUAGACAUUUCCUUGCUAUCCUAGGAACAGCUGGUUUUGGUUUCUUUGGAUUUAUAAAACAAAGAAAAGGGCCUGCCCGAAGAUAGAGGGCCACGAGGAAUUUAGAUCUAUCACCCUUUUAACUCUGUUCUGUGCUUGGUACAGUGUUUACAAAACUUGGGUCUCCAGUUGUUUUAGGACUAUAAUUCCCACCAUCCCUGACCACUGGUCCUGCUAGCUAGGGAUGAUGGGAGUUGUAGUCCCAAAACAGCUGGAGACCCAAGUUUGGGAAACCCUGGCUUAGAAGAAAAGUUAGAACUAGGUCGUCGCCUCCUCAAGGUUCUAGUCCUCACGAGCCACCCACGGCAACGCCCUCCUUGCGGUGCCUCCCUCUGGGUCGAUUCUCAUUGAUCUGUUCCUCUUCCUAGGGGGCUCUUUCGUGGUGGAGCAGGAGGAGAAUAAGCGCACGAGGACCGCCUACACGCGGGCGCAGCUGCUGGAGCUGGAGAAGGAAUUCCUCUUCAACAAGUACAUCUCGCGGCCUCGCCGGGUGGAGCUGGCCGUCCUGCUGAACUUGACCGAGAGGCACAUCAAGAUCUGGUUCCAGAACCGGCGGAUGAAGUGGAAGAAGGAGGAGGACAAGAAGCGAGGCGCCGGCGUAGGAGGGAGCAGCCAGGAGCCCGAGCAAGACUGCGCCGUGUCGUCGGGGGAACUGGCCGGGAAGGAGGAAGAGGAGCGCUCGGCGCCCAGCUUGCUCCGGGUGGAACUGCUCCCCUCCAGCCCCGACGCCUCGCCCAGGCGGCAGCAGGACGCACGGUGA